UGCCGAGUGAAAAUAGCAGGCCAAAAGUUCUUAGUAAACUGCAGCCAGGGAGACUCAGACUAGAAUGGAGGUAGAGUUGAUACAGAGUAGGUUCGAUUCUAAGCCCUUUUGGGGUUGAAUUUUUGUUGCUGUUCUGUUGUUAACUUAUUGAAUUUAGAGAUGUAUUGCAUUGGUCAUGUGAAGACCAGAGCAGCACCAGCAUCAAAAUAGUGACAGUUUUGAAUGCCACAGUAUCUGUGUACUCAGAGUAUUUUUUAUGAAAGAAGAUAAAGAACCCAGCAUAAAUUUUCACCCUCAUCUUCACUCAACUGCAAAAUCAGAAGUUAAGAAACAGCAUCUAAGGGCAUUUUUCAGGUGGCAGAGAAUCUAGAGGAUGGCUCUAAAUGACUGUGUGCUUCUGAACUUGGAAGUGGACCAUUUCGUGCACUGCAAUAUCUCUAAUCACACUGUGGAUCUCCCUAUGAAGGACGACUGGUUCCACCCAGGGGUCCUCUAUGUCAUCCCUGCAAUUUAUGGGGUCAUCAUUCUGAUAGGCCUCGUUGGCAACAUCACCCUGAUCAAGAUCUUCUGUACCGUGAAGUCCAUGAGAAAUGUGCCGAACCUGUUCAUCUCCAGCCUGGCUUUGGGAGACCUGCUCCUCCUGGUCACCUGUGCCCCCGUGGAUGCCAGCAGGUACCUGGCUGACAGAUGGCUGUUUGGCAGGAUUGGCUGCAAACUGAUCCCCUUUAUACAGCUUACCUCGGUGGGGGUGUCUGUCUUCACACUCACUGCUCUCUCGGCAGACAGGUACAAAGCUAUCGUGCGGCCAAUGGAUAUCCAAGCCUCCCAUGCUUUGAUGAAGAUCUGCCUCAAAGCCGCACUGAUCUGGAUCAUCUCCAUGCUUCUGGCCAUCCCAGAGGCUGUGUUUUCUGACCUACAUCCCUUCCACGAGGAAAGCACCAACCAGACUUUCAUUAGCUGUGCCCCGUACCCACACUCUAAUGAGCUGCACCCCAAGAUCCACUCCAUGGCUUCCUUCCUGGUCUUCUACAUCAUCCCACUGUCCAUCAUCUCUGUUUACUACUACUUCAUUGCCAAAAAUCUGAUCCAGAGUGCUUACAAUCUACCCGUGGAAGGGAACAUACAUGUCAAGAAGCAGAUCGAAUCCCGAAAGCGCCUGGCUAAGACAGUGCUGGUGUUCGUGGGCCUCUUUGCCUUCUGCUGGCUCCCCAACCAUGUCAUCUACCUGUACCGCUCUUACCACUACUCCGAAGUGGACACCUCCAUGCUCCACUUUGUCACCAGCAUCUGUGCCCGCCUCCUGGCCUUCACCAACUCCUGCGUGAACCCUUUUGCCCUCUACCUGCUGAGCAAGAGUUUCAGGAAGCAGUUCAACACCCAGCUCCUCUGUUGCCGGCCCGGCCUGAUGACCCGGUCUCACAGCACCGGUAGGAGCACCACCUGCAUGACCUCAUUCAAGAGCACCAACCCCUCUGUGGCCACCUUCAGCCUCAUCAACGGAAACAUCUGUCACGAGGGGUAUGUCUAGACUGACCCUUGAUCCUGCCCUGCCUAGAGACCCCUAGUUUUGCUUUAUGACCCAUAAGGAACCCUCGCAUCUGUGAUUGUCUCUGUAUCCUCAAAAGACCUUUUGGAAGGCUCGUAAGUGGUGUAGGUGGGUUGUGUAGAGGCCCAAAUGGGUCACUAUUAUGUUUGAAAGGCCCAUCAAGGUUUAUGUUUUCCAUUUCAACUUGUGAAUGACACUUCCAAUGUAGAAUACACGUUCCCCCUUUUAGAAAAGGGACCAGGUAGGAAAUCAUUAUUUUAAUCAUUAAACCCUGAUAUCCAGAUGUGGUCCACUAAGUCAUAGAAACUAUAUGAACAGCCAGAUUUAUAUAGCAGAAAUUGUACACUGAAUGUCCACUUUGUGAAAGACUUCACCCUGUCGUUUCUUUAAGCAGAAGCUAGUGCUUUAAAAAUAUGGUUUCAGUCAUUGUUCAGGAAUAUUUAUAGUCACAAACCAAGGAACUUUUUUUUACACUCGUAGCACAAAAAGUCAACUCCAGGAGAGUCUCAUGAUAAGGGACAGUCCCCAAAUUGAUAACACUGGAAGCCAAUUUAAAACAAAUCCCAGAGUGUUGAUUGUUUUUUAAAGACAUUGCUAAGGACAUAGGAGAAACAUUCACUGCGUCAUUUUAAGACAAAAACACAACCAAACACGUUGACAUUUGUAUCAAUGUCCAGAUGUGGCUGUGGAGUGGUAUCUCACACUCUGAAUUCUAACAUGAUGGAGGUCCUUUUUGCUGUUACCCAACUAUCAUCAUCGAUGGUACAGUUCCACCAUAUCAGAGAAAUCCUUUUGGGGGAAAACUGAUCAUGUUAUCAAAUUCAUCAAAUAUUUAUUAAGUGCAUAAAGUAUAGUUUUUUUGUUUUGUUUUGUUUGGUAUAUAAGUUUUCAGCCAAAUGUGUUUACUUCUAUUUGGCUGUCAUUGUCUGCUGCAUUGAAGCAGUAGUUUCACAUGAGAAGAAAGGGAUCAUGUUCGAGCGGAAAUAGAAACACAUUUACAUUUAUUGUGGAAAUAGAAACACGUUUACAUUUAACGUCUGCUUCACCUAAAGUCUGUUGCAGGAAAUGAAUACAAUGCCAAUAAUAAUGUGUUUUUGUCUGAACAUGUGUAAAAAAGUUGCAGGGCUCUUAGCUUUAAGAACCAAUUGAAAAACAGCUACAUUAACUUUCUACUUAAGAGUAUUUAGGAAACAGCCCAUGUGCAGAAAAAUACUGGACUUAAAUCUUUUUCAUUUUAAGUGAGUAAAAGAUUUUGACUCUCUUACUUUAGAAAUCCUGAGUCAAGUUUUUGUUGACUCAAGGACAGGCCAAUUCUGACAGAUUGCAAACGUGUUAACCCGCUUUCAGAUAAGUCCAAAUUCUGCAAAUGUGCCCUCCCACCCUAAGACAGUUUUAGUUGUGGUUUUCUCUAUCCAGGUGAGAUAGAACAGUCAGCUCUCAUUUCUACAUGGCACAUUUUAAAAGAUUUUUCUUUUUUGAUACAAGGAGGCGCUCACUGCAGAGCUUUGAAGUUAGGACCUAGACCAUUGUAAAGAUCUGUGUUUAUGGUUGUAUGAGCUGGAGUGAACUCUGCACUUCUACUGGCCGUGUGCACUUAUGUACUGUACACACCUGCUUCCCCAGCGCUCCUUAAUUAGAGGGGCCAGUUUGAAAGAAGACAGGUAGUGUAGCUGAAAGGACCAGAUUUUAAGCUUGAUGUCCUAACUCUGUCUCUAGCUGUAUGACCUUGGCUAUCAUUUUUUUUCAUCUCUAGAAUCAGAGGACAGUCCCUUCUAUUGCUAAGAUCCUCUGAGCUCCAUCAUUGUUUCUAGUUCUGUCUCUUAAGCCCUUAUGUAGCCACCUGCUCACAGCUGCCUCACUUCUGCUACCUUUGCAACAGCUCCUCUUGAGAAAUCCUUCAACCACGUUCUACACUCAUGUUCCCAUUAGCGGAAUGGGAGGAAAAAAAGACUAUUCUAUGGCUUGGAGUAAUUUGUAUGAAUGAUGUCCCAUUAGCUUGUCAUAUUUUGUAGUUAGAGCUGAAAGAGACAGAAAAAAACAUAUUGCUAUCUCCUCAUUGUACAAAGAGUACUCUUGCUAUUGACCCUUUGUCAACCUCCAUGCCCCUGUUAUCUUGAAUGACUGCUCCAUAAUUCUACCCUUGGCUUGCUCCAACACUCUUGAGUAUGAGUGACUCCAUACCUGGUUAGUUGCUAAGGUGUAUAGCACUCUGUGUUCCUAACAUGACUUGUUCGACAUCUCUGUUCUACCUGCUUCCAAAGCCAUUUUGGGAGUCGGUCUUAUCCUUCAGUUAGCACCAUGGCAUAGACUGCCUCUGGCCUCCUUUCUAGCUUCUGGAUAAACAGGAGAUCAAUGUCUAUGUCUAGCUGUGUGUUCUUAGGCAAAUCCUAUCACCUCUUUGAGACUCUUAAGUGAAAGGGUUGGAGGAGGCCUUUGCCAGCCGGUGACCUAGGAUUGGUCAAAUUAUUUUGUGAAUCUACUGAUGGAUUGACUCAAACCUUUUGUUUCAGAUGAACUUAGCUGGGCCCUUCUCUAGGGAAGUCAAAUUUUUAUUUCUCCUUCAGAACCUAUAAUCUUGGUGAGAGAGAUCCAAGCCCCCAUGUGGUAUCACCUCUCUGCUAGGGGAGAGCGUGGCAGGGGCUGGAGCUAAGACAUUGCACGCCUGGCUUCCAAAGAUAAUCACGUUUAGUGCUUAUAUCUUUGGUGAGGGGGAAAAAUCAAUUUUGGCUGUGGAAAACCAUCUGUGUUUAUUCAAUUGACAGACACUACCUUUCAAUCUAUCUUAAAUUGAGCCUCCCUGAGGCAGGCAGCUCAACAGUGAUAGAUUAAGCAAUAAAGGAAGCAGUCUUCCCACCAACAGCUACUGCUGGCAGGGAAGGUACGGCCGCUGUUAGGAGGGAUGUUCUGCAGCAAGAUGAUCCUCCCUGCAUGGCGCAGUCAGGGCCUUGUCCUGCCAUUGAGGGGAGGAGCCUCCAUGAAUGUGGAUGGCUAACCCCUGUCCUCUGGCUGCCCUCACCCUCUCUCCUCAUUGAACCUGGCCUUCCUCCUCAUUGCCAAGCCCUGGAUUUCCCACUUUGCCCCACAAUUUGGUUUAAUCUUGAAGGAUGGAGAACCCUUAGAUAAAUAAACAGCUUAGAGGCUGCUUCACAUGAACCAAGUUCAACUUGUUAUGAAAACAUACGUUGAAUAGAAACCAAUGAACUUUUCCACAGGCACACUUGUUAUAAAGUCUUCGUUUAUGCCUAGAGUAGCAGUUGGUUAUUGGCCUAGACCUCUGUUCAUGCACCAAGUGGCUUCUGGUAAUAGUGAUUAGUUUUGUUUGGAGACUACAAAUUGAAUGACAUCCUCAAUCUGUGGACUGCAAGAUGGCUAAGUCACUUUUCCUAGGAGCCAGAUAGAAACUAUGGCCCUGGGAAGCUGACUGUAUGGAAGUUGAAUAAUUGUACACACUGUGUUGUGGUGAGAUGGGGGGAGCAGUGCAAACUUUCUUGCCAUUUGUGCCUUUCACACCAACAUCAGGAAGGAGCUGUUGUUAAAGAGUAGCUUAGUACUGGGGAGGGAAAUAGUCCAGUGGUAGAGCGCAUGCUAAGCAUGCAUGAGGUCCUGGGUUCAAUCCCCAGUACCUUAAUUUAAAAAAAAAAAAAAAUUAGAAUUAACCCUGGGUUGCUGGGAGAAAUGGAACACAUCUGUCUAAUUUUUGGCUGAAUUUUCAUAAAGUGGAUUAGCAGCUGAAAACAAAGGAAUUAUUCACUUUCCUGGGACUAAGCUUUGUAUGAACUAUUCAAUGAAACCAAACCCUAACAAACUAUCUGGAUGGUCAUUUCUCUUGGCCCCCAUCUCAACAACCACCCCCUAACACACACAUGCGCACGCAUGCGCCAACACAGAAACAACUGUAAUAUUAGGCAAUCUCUUACCGUGACUUUGGCCUUCCCAGAUGCCCUUCUAGGUGAGGGCUAAGCAUUAACUUCAGUAAUCAACAAAUUGCACACUGAAAACAAACUUUUCUCAUGUGAAGCUUCACGUUAGAAAUGCAUUCCGUGGAAUUUAUCUAAUUUUUUUUAAACUUUAAAUAAGAGCCCCUCGGUUAAAAUAUUACAUGUUCACAAUUCAAACAAUACUUUGCAUUGCCCUAGUGUUCAUGGCCCACAAAGCACUUUUAUACCCAUUGCCUCAUCUACUCCAAGCCUCCCCUGCUGGCCUAAGAGCUGCUUUACAUCCUUUAUUUACUGUGGACAUUUGUAAAUAACACUGACUAGUGACCAUCCACUAUUAGAUUAAAAGGCCCAUGGAACUAUGAGGCUGAAACAUGAAACUGCAAAGACUGGGCCAGAUUUGACAUACAAAAUGGUGAUUUCAUAAAUUUCAGUAUAACCUGAUCUUAUUCAUUCUCACGGCCCAUUCUAUGAUACUGAAGAACAGCGCUGAUCGUCACUUCCCCGGUUACAGGAUAGCCUGCUGCCUGCCAAGUGAGUCUGUUUAACUUGGCACAAGGGAGUGAAUGGUGUCAUUGUCCGAAUGGAGUUCUGUGGCUCUAGAAGUGCUGGAAGGAAGGGGCUCGGCUUCGCCAAGCACCGAUGACGUGCCGGAUGCUAAGCACACUGCUUCAUCCUCACAAGCACGCUGAAGAGCAUUCAGAAGAUGAAGCUGAGGCUCCUGGAGAUCUCUUCUCUCUCCCAAGGCGACCUGACACAGGUCAAUGACAGUAUUCACGCCGACCUGUAUCUCUCUUACGUCCGCGGCUGCUCCACUGCUCAGCAGUGCUUCCCAGAUCCACCCAUGUGAGAAAUUCACUUCAUUGGACCUCAUGGACCGGCCUGUGCCCUACUCUAGAUUUUGUCCAAAGGCCUGAACUCAUGAUAAAGUCAAAGAAUAUACACAGAGGCAUUGAAGAUGUUUCUAAGCACCUAAGUUAAGGACUUGCUGCAGGCCGAGGUUGAAAUACAGUACAAAGUAGGUGGAUAGAAGUCCCUUAGUUCAGUUGCUCCCAGAGACACAAUUCAGUUUCAACCAGAGGCCCUGGGAAGAAUUUUCCACCUUGUUCUAUGACUAAUCGAGGAGGAAAAAACCUUGGCAAAGGGCCAUGUACAGAGAGAGGCCCCGAAUGAGAAUAGUCAGUCCAGGCAUCAUCUUUGAAUCAGGAUUAGUUGGAGAAAAGGUUUCAGGAAGAGGUGGAACCACCCACUUCCCUGCUUCUGCCCCCAGAGAGUAAGAUACGACCGUGGAUGGCUUCCUGGAGCCUGGAGACCCAGGCUACAUGAAUAGCGUCUAAUAGAAAAAUAUCUCCUGGACUAAGGGACCAAGUCAUGGGCUCAGGUAUAGACUUUGGUAUCUGAGGGCCUAAUCCCAAGUGCCAUGUUACAAUCCCAGACACCACUGUCUCUCUGCCCUCUCUGAGCUCAUAUUGUAGAAGAUAACAUUAUUUUCUUUUUUUCCCCCAAUUUAAAUUUCAUUCCCAGAGCAAUAUAAUACCAUGGAAGGACUCACGUAAUUUUAUGUUCUUUUAAAAUAAUCAUUUUAAUGGAUAGUAUACCCUCACACAUUCAACACCUCAUUAAUUCCCAGACAAGCUUGAAAAUUUGGGUAUAAUCCAGGAUUUUAGUGUUCAAAGUACAUUAUACAAUUUGGGCCUGUUGUGAACUCAGAUUUUUUUCACCACUUUGCUUCCGUUUUAGCUAUUGAUACUGAUAUAUCAAUAGUGACCAUGUACAUCAUUAAGGAAGUAAAACUGAUUUUAUUCAAAAAAUUUUUUCUCUGUAAUUUGCACUUGACUGAUUUUAACAUGACCUUUUUGCAUCCAAGUCAGCAGGGUUUUGGGUAAUAAAAUUUGUUGAAAUGGUCAAUUCAGUGAGUUGUAAAAAUAUCUGGCAUAAACUUCUUAAAUGUCAUUUUCUGUUUUGUUUUAAAUAUUAGACUCAUAUUUUGUAAAUUAUAAUUGUACUUGUUACUAUUAACUGUAAAUAUUUAUUGCAUUAAAAAUGUGCUCUGUAUUAAAUAACUCAGAACAAGUUCCAGGUGUGGUAUGUAGUAUAAAUAAUGUCAUGACUUGGCUUUGCCUAGACUCCUUAGAGUAAUGAAUUAUUUAUAAGAAAUUCACAAUAAUAAUAUGAAUGAUUCAGAUCCUUUUAAAUGUGCAAACUUAACUGUGUGACCAUGUAAAAUUCUAUCUCUGAAGUGUGCUUAUUGAUUGUAUUCUGAUUUUUCAAGAAACGUUCCCAGUGCUUCUAUCACAUUGUACCUAGUCUGUAUGACAUUAGGUCAAAUCCAGUGUAGUAAACUGAAUAUUCAAGUCAUAGAAGAUAAGAAAUGUGUUUUAUUUCUUAAUAUAAUAAAGCAUAACUUAUGAAAUGGACAGAUGCAUGUAUGCAAUGUUCAAUAAAAAAUAUAGCUCUUGCAUGUAUGUAGUCUGUGGCUAUAUGCCCCAUAGAUGGUUCCAGAACCAUCUAUAUCAGAAUCACCCAGGCCACUGGUUGCAAAAUGCAGAUUCCCCAAUUCCACCCCUACUGACUCUGGCACAUCUGAAGGUGUGACCUAAAAAAUCUGCAUUU